GGGCUGGCUGCAGGGGAGGCUGCAACUGUGAGCGUUGGAGGAGAAGCCGCUCCACGUGCAGCUGCUCCUGGGGUUGACACACUUGUUCUGCAGAUCAGAACGAAGGGGUUUCUGGAGUCACACCACUGCCACUGAAGACAGCUUUUCUGCAAGAUCUACUGUUUAACGCAAUAAACAAAAAUGGCUAGAGGAUCUGUGUCUGAUGAAGAAAUGAUGGAGCUCAGAGAAGCUUUUGCCAAAGUUGACACUGAUGGUAACGGCUACAUCUGCUGCAAUGAGUUGAAUGACUUGUUCAAGGCUGCUUGCCUGCCUCUGCCUGGAUACAGAGUAAGAGAAAUUACAGAAAACCUGAUGGCAACAGGUGAUCUGGACCAGGAUGGGAAGAUCAGCUUUGAUGAGUUUAUCAAGGUUUUUCAUGGCCUAAAAAGCACCGAGGUCGCCAAGACCUUUCGAAAAGCAAUUAAUAAGAAAGAAGGGAUUUGUGCCAUUGGAGGUACCUCUGAGCAAUCUAGUGUUGGCACCCAGCACUCAUACUCAGAGGAAGAGAAGUAUGCCUUUGUCAACUGGAUAAACAAAGCCCUGGAAAAUGACCUUGACUGUCAGCACGUCAUCCCGAUGAAUCCAAAUACAGAUGAUCUCUUCAAUGCUGUUGGGGAUGGCAUUGUCCUUUGUAAAAUGAUCAACCUAUCAGUGCCAGACACAAUUGAUGAGAGAACGAUCAACAAGAAGAAACUCACCCCAUUCACCAUACAGGAAAAUCUGAACCUGGCUCUGAACUCUGCCUCAGCUAUCGGAUGCCACGUGGUUAACAUCGGGGCUGAAGACUUAAAAGAAGGCAAACCUUACCUGGUGCUGGGGCUUCUGUGGCAAGUCAUCAAGAUUGGACUGUUUGCUGACAUUGAACUCAGCAGAAAUGAAGCUCUGAUUGCUCUUUUGAGAGAAGGAGAGAACUUGGAGGAUUUGAUGAAACUCUCGCCAGAGGACCUCCUACUGAGAUGGGCUAAUUACCACCUGGAAAUCGCUGGGUGUAACAAACUCACUAACUUCAGUAGCGACAUUAAGGACUCGAAGGCUUAUUACCACCUGCUUGAGCAGGUGGCUCCAAAAGGUGAUGAAGAAGGCAUUCCUGCCGUUGUCAUUGACAUGUCAGGACUGAGGGAGAAGGAUGACAUCCAGAGGGCAGAAUGCAUGCUGCAGCAGGCGGAGAGGCUGGGCUGCCGGCAGUUUGUCACAGCCACAGAUGUUGUUCGAGGAAACCCCAAGUUGAACUUGGCUUUCAUUGCCAACCUCUUUAACAAAUAUCCUGCCCUGCAUAAACCAGAGAACCAGGACAUCGACUGGGGAGCUCUUGAAGGUGAGACGAGAGAAGAACGGACAUUUAGGAACUGGAUGAACUCCUUAGGCGUUAAUCCUCGGGUCAAUCAUUUGUACAGUGAUUUGUCCGACGCCCUGGUCAUCUUCCAGCUCUAUGAAAAGAUUAAAGUCCCCGUUGACUGGAACAGAGUAAACAAACCACCGUACCCCAAACUGGGGGGCAACAUGAAGAAGCUUGAGAAUUGUAACUAUGCAGUUGAACUGGGGAAGAACCAAGCGAAGUUUUCCCUGGUUGGAAUUGGUGGACAAGAUCUCAAUGAAGGAAACCGCACUCUAACCUUGGCCUUGGUUUGGCAGUUAAUGAGAAGGUAUACACUGAAUAUUCUUGAAGACAUCGGAGGUGGGCAGAAGGUCAACGAUGACAUUAUUGUCAACUGGGUGAAUGAAACAUUGAAGGAAGCAGGGAAAAGUUCCUCCAUCUCAAGUUUCAAGGAUCCAAAGAUUAACACAAGUCUGCCGGUCCUGGAUCUCAUUGAUGCCAUCCAACCUGGUUCCAUCAACUAUGACCUUCUGAAGACAGACAGCCUGAAUGAUGAUGAGAAACUCAACAACGCAAAGUACGCCAUCUCUAUGGCACGAAAAAUUGGAGCAAGAGUGUAUGCCCUGCCAGAAGAUUUGGUUGAAGUGAACCCUAAGAUGGUGAUGACAGUGUUUGCCUGCCUCAUGGGGAAAGGAAUGAAGAGGGUGUGAAUCCCAGUGGCACGGCCCUGGAGGUGGCUGGUUCAUUAUUCGAGUCUCACCCAAGGAUGCCUGCAGGAAACCUGGCGAUGGCUCGAGCUAUUCCAGAGAUUUCAACGUGGUGGCAUUGUGAAGAUAACAAAAAUUGUGUAUUUUUCCAGCCAACUUACUUAUACUGUAUUUAACAUAAAAACUGCUCCCUUCUUUGCAAAAAAAAUCUAUUACAUAUAUUUUUAUCAUUGAAUUUAUAGCUCCUUUGAAAAUCUGUAGCACUGUAGCACUGUCCUCCCAUUAUUCAUCAAUUUGCAUAAGCAGGUACCAAUAACGUCUCCAUUAUGAGACUUGUUGCUACUGUUUUUGGCAUAUCGAAUACGCCACGGGGAGCUUGCCAGGCUCUGCCUUGCGGGCGAGAUACUCUUGGUAGCUUGCUGGGCUGGAGCAAUAGCACAGUGGUAGGGCAUUUGCCUUGCAUGUGGCCGACCUAGGUUUGAAAAUCUAGAUUUAAAAAAAUUAUUUACAGCAGAAAAUUGUCUCCCAAUAACUGAUUACAUCCUGCUUUUUUUCCUAACUCCUUUCUCCUUCCUACAUCUCCCUGUGCCUUUUCUCUGCAGCAAGUUCUCUGGAGACCCUUUUUGUGUCCCCCUCUGCUGACCAUCCCGGUCUCUGGGUAAUUUGGAGCAUCACAAAUCUAGGAGAUUGUUGAGGUCCCAGAAGUCUCUGAUAACCUGCAGAAGUGAACAUUAGAGAUUUUCUUCAGAAGAUCCCUAAAUGUCAACAUUUUCAUUUUUCUUCUAUUGCUUUUUAUUUCCGUUGAGGAAUCCCUCUGUUUUUAACCGUAAAAUUAACCAUAAAAUUAGACCCAGACCGGAUCUUCUAAUGUCUUUGAAUACUGUGCCUUCAGAUGGUCAACCCAGAGAGGAGGGUGUAAUUGAGUAGCAUGUGCCACGAGGGGGCAGCAUGGAGCCAUAGUGAAGCAUCCUUCCUGGCACAGCCUCCAGGUAUACUUUGUACUUUGUGAUACACCUCCUUACUGGGGUACGGCUAAAUAUCUGGUGACUGGAGACAAUCCUGCUCUAUUCUCAUUUGCUAUUAAAUAGUGUGUCUGAUUAGCACCAAGCCAUAUUGUCAAUGUUUACUUCUGGGGCACUUUAGAAGCAUUUCGUCACCUCCAACCUCCCAGGGGACAAGUUGUGCCAAUAAAGAGCAUACCCCAAACCGAAGCCCAACCCCCAAACACACACAGAUCCACAAGCUUAAUCAGAUAACACGUGAAAUAAGGACUAAAGGAGUUACUUUACAAAGAGCAAUUUAGAGGGUAUUUAAACAAUUUUGAAGCAAAUCAAGGGAGUAGUGUAAACUGGAGAAGCCCCGACAGUCGCCUCCCUGAAAACCUGCCACUGGCUAAGAAGCCCCAGGCCACAGCAAACCACCCCUGGACUUCCUCUCCUCAUGAAUGAAGUAUCUUUUGGAGGAGAGGCAUGAUAUGGAAAUUUAGCCUUCUUGAUUUUCUCUCCAAGCUUUUUUCAUGAAAAGCAACACCC